GGCGCGCGGCCGGCGCGGGGCGCGCGCGGCUGGGCUCGGCGCGGAGCGGAGGGGGAAGAUGGAAGGAGCCUCCUUCGGAGCGGGCCGGGCGGGGGGAGCCAUCGACCCCGUGGAUUUCCUGAAGCAGCCGCAGACCAUCCUCCGGGUGACCACCUGGAUCUUCUCCAUCGUGGUGUUUGGCUCCAUCGUGAACGAGUGCUACGUGAACAAGGACAGCCAGAACCCCGAGCUGCUCUGCAUCUUCAAUGAGAAUGAGAGUGCCUGCAGCUACGGCAUCGCCGUUGGCAUCAUUGCCUUCUUUGGCUGUAUCUUCUUUUUUGUCGUGGACCUCUACUUCCAGCAGAUCAGCAGUGUGAAGGACCGCAAACGGGCCGUCCUGCUGGACCUCGGCUUUUCAGGUUUCUUGUCCUUCUUGUGGUUUGUAGCCUUCUGCUUCCUAGCAAACCAGUGGCAACGGACGACGAUGAGCAAAGGGGUUUCGCAAGGAGCAGACGCUGCCCGGGCAGCAAUCACCUUCUCUUUCUUCUCCAUCAUCGUCUGGGUCGCGCUGGCGGUGAAGGCGCUGCAGAGGUACCGCCUGGGGACCGACAUGUCCCUUUUCGCCACCGACCAGUUCGCCACCGAGCCCAGCGCGGCGUACCCCGGCUACCCCACCGGCAGCGGCAUCGAGAGCACAGAGACCUACCAGAGCCCCCCCUUCACCGAGACCUUAGACGCCAACCCGAAAGGUUACCAAGUGCCAGCGUACUGAGGGGCGAGGGCCGCGUGCCGGGAGACCGAGUCCUACGGUGCAGUACACUUAACCGGUUGAUUGCAAAUGUAUUCAGUCCCAUUUCCUUAAUGUGGCAAGUCAGUGCUGGGUUCCUUACUAUUAGCUAGUUGUGCAGUGAAUUCUGUACAGUGGUAUUGGUUCUUGUCUUACCUGUCCAAGGGUUUUAUAAAAGCAGUGUUCCCUCUAAGUCAGAAGGAAGGAAGGUUGCUACCACAUCACCUCCACGUGGCGGAAGAUGAAUAAAAUGCCCUCUCUGAGGCUUGACACCGGGCAGUAAGCGCUGGGCUCUGCUGAGCGCCUGGGAAAGCCCAGAAUACCUUUUCCUGUUAGAAAACACAGUAGCUGAGGAGUUGCUAUUUAUCUCGUUCUUCCAGAGCUAACACAGAAUCGGUCUCGUGGUGGCGAGAGGGUGGGUGGGUGACACCGGGGCCGUCGGCCCCCGUGCUGCUCCCACUGCAGAGCUUUCCUGUACACGUUCCAUGGAAAGUGCCAAAUUCACAAAGAAAUAAGUGGUGUCUGUGUUACUUUUAUUUGUAUAUAUUUACUGUACAAAAAAAAAAAAAAGAAAAAAAAAAGCCAAACACGCGUUUCAAACUUAGCUUAGGAUGCGAGCGGCGUGGCGGGGCACAGCGGGUCGGGGUUACGUUGAUGAGCCAAACGGCUCUUGACGCUUCCAGGGGGUUCUGGUUGAGGAUGUAAAAAGUUACUGUUUGAGACUGGAAACCAGUUCAGCAAUAGUUGGCUGCUAAUUAGGGCUAGGCUUAUUAUCAGCAGAAAACACGGUGCGUUGCAGUUCCACUUCUUCACCGAGGGGUCGGGAAAGUUUGCAAAUUUACAAAUAGUUUCUGGUUGGCAACGCGGAAGAUUUACUCAUGCUCAAACCCGGAGCUGCCAACACACAAAAGGGGUGGGUGUCGCGGUGACUCAAAGUCCAAGGCAAUUAAAAGUGGCAAUUGAACUUGUAUUUUUCUACUGGGAGCAGCCACCAUCUGUCAGCAGCUGCAGCAGAACCUCAGGUGCGAGCGUGCGUUUUCCCCUGCAGCCUCUAGAAAUGAGGAAUUGAGACGGAGCAUUGGAGAGACUUCACAGGGCGUCGAAGUCCCUCACGUGGGGGCUCCCGGCCCUGGGUUUGCAAGUAGUGGGAGAAGAGAGCGAAGGAAAAACAUCCAGGAAAGCGGCUCAGUGUUGGUUUUCAGCUGCAAAAUCCCUGCCUUGUCAAAACCAGCUAAACGUGCAAAAUCCAGUAGAUCCUUGUCGGCAACCUGCCUGCUUUCCCCGCCCGUCUGCCUGCGCGGUGGCUCUGAGCUGAGCUAUUUGUCACUAAGGACGAAGCGGAGGAGCUAAAACUUGAAUUCCUGACCACCUCAGUGGCAGCUCCGUCCUCAGAAGCCCCCGGCUUUCCCGGCAAGGGUUUCGCUUUGCCAAUUUACGCCGGCAAAAGCUGCGUGCUGCCUUCUGACCUCGUGACAAGGAAUAGGUCCCGGACUGCCCCAGCUCGCCUUGUAGCAAAAACAUCCAGCGGGGUUUUUUGUUUUUGUUUUUGUUUUUUUUUUUUCUUUGUCAUCGUUAACGCAGCUCAUUUCUGCUGCUACGUUGCAAAUAAAUGCAGCCGUUCACGAGCAGCGAAGCUCGCCACGAGCAGUCAUUAUCGGUGACAAAGUGCAUUAAUGCCUCCCCCCCCCCCCCAACACCCCGGCCGGGUUAAAUGUGCGUUCGGCGCUCCCUCCCCUCCGCUCACCUGACGGCACCGGAGCCGCGAGGGGAUUUUUCGGGCAGCAUUUCCCAACUUGGACGCUUCCCUCGGCCUCCCCGGGCAGGUGAGACCUGGCGGCCCCAGCACGGGUUUUCCCAGCAGCGGGGGCAGCUCUCCCCCCCCCUGGACACCUUUGCAGGCGACCGGAGAGCCGAACGCUGUCGGGGAUCCGUAGCAGGAGGCUGCUGGGCUGCGUUACCGAGGUGGCGCUCGCUUGGCUAACGCCAGCAGCAAGGAGGAGGGAGGUGGCCCAGGGGCGUCUGCCGGUGGCCGGCGCCAGCAGGGCUUGCUGAGCAGCGUGAAGCAGGCCAGGGACAGCCAGGCCCCGGCACGGUAUAAGCCUAAAUUAAUUACGGGACCCUUGUGAUUUUUCUGGAGUCGGUCUUGCUGGGUUUAAAAAAAAUCGAAGAAAAAAAAAAAAUAAAAAAAGCAAAGGAUUUUAAUACAGGGUACGGUAGAACUGUAGCAAUAUUUUCCUUAGAGGGAACACUGAAAUUUUAGCAGCACAAACAGUACUUGUGUUAAUAUUUUAGCAAAAUUAUAAUCAAUUUAAAUGUUUAAAUUGAUUGUAUGUGAGAUAAUGUUUGUUCAGUACAUUGUAUUUUUUCUAACUAUAUAACUGUUCCAGAGUUUCCUUGUAACCGUAAAGAACUAAAGCUCUGUCCGACUGCGGGACGCGUCCUGACCCCUGGUGUAACCAUGCUCAAUAUUACAACAUCUGAAUGUACA